ACAACCGUCUCGCCUGCGCAUCUAAUAAAAGCGACGGUGACGACAGCUUCGAUUGGUGCCGCGCGGCGCAGCGCAUCGCAUUUCCCGUCGAUCCAACCAUCCCCAUAAUAAACACAUCCGCGGCCGGCCGAUUCAUUCCCAACCACUCCUAAUACCCUCGCCCUCUCCUCGUUCAGUUCUACACUCUCGCUUCUUGUAAAGUGCCGAACACUCGCUAUUCAAUCCUAUCGCACCCUAUAUAUUGUUUGACGCGAGAGUCGAAAAAGAUUAGAGGCAACGAGAGUAGGAGGAGGAGAACAUACGCCAAACCGGAAAACCGAAGAGCGCAGGAAUCGACUCCAUCAGCAUGUUCGCCUUCGUCCCCUCCAGCGCCCAGGUGGUGCGGCGCCAGUAUGUUGAGCAGGAUGGCCGCGUAAUCUGGUUCUGGUAUACUCGGACCGGCGUCAUCGUCAAGUGGUCCAUUUUCCUCGGCAUCAGCGUCCUGCUCGCCCUGUAUCUCAUCCUCGGGCGCAUUCACGCUAAGCGCCGUGUGCGCGCCGGCUUGAAGCCUCUCGCCUACCACAGCUGGCUCCUCUCGCGACAGGAGAAAGCCGCCGUCGACCCGCGCUACGCCUGGCCCAACGCCACUUACAACGCCUACCAUUCCCAUCAGGCUCCGCCCCCGGGCUACGGCUACGGCAGCUACGGCAUGCACCCGAUGCCGCCGCCCGUCUACGACCCGAAUAACAGGCCACCCGUCUAUGAGGGCGCCGGCCCCAAGGUCGAUCCCACACAGGCCGCCGGCGUCGAGCCCGCCACGGGUCCAGCCGCCCCCCAGAGGUAGAGCUGGCUCGAGGAGUUCAGCUCGGGCGCGUGUACGUGCGCGUGUACGAUAGCGAGGCAUAGAUGCCCCAGACGGAGAGGAGACGAGAGGAUAUGGGAAACGAAGUGCUGAGGAAUUAAUCGAGAGUGGGACAAACCAAAGCCGAAACGAUCGAGGGUACGUAAUAAGGAAGAAAAACAAAGAUAUCAAGCUGGCCGGCAUCCGGCGCAACGUGAUCCGCAGCCGGUCGACGCCGACCUAAGUUACAUGCUUUUCUAUUUCGUUGGGACGACGCUAUACUAUGUACGGAGGUCAGGGGGAGGUAGUCUUAUCGUAUUCCUACCCUCUUUGCUCUCGCUCUCAGUUUUGUCUCUUCUUUUUGGCCGCCGUUCGCGACGUGGCCGUGCAGACGAAGAAAAAAA